AUGUCUUAUCCACCUACAACUAGAGAAGAAGCUUUUAGGCAAGAAAUUUCGAUUAUUCAAGACACUGAUGAUAUUGAUUUUGCGAGAAAAUAUGGGCUAGAUUAAAAUGCCAAAUGGAUAAUUUUAUAAGAAAAAUCCUAUGAAGUUAUUUUAAUAAUGAUAAAAAUAAAUUAUUCCCAGAAAACAUUACUUAUUAGUGAAUAAGCAUAGAUGCAAGAAAGAAAGCAAGCCUCAAGCCUGCAUUGAAGAAGGGAGAUCAAUCUAUGAUAAGUUUGUGCAUGAAAUGAAAAGAUCUAGACAACAAGCUUUUUACUGUUUUUCUGCAUGCAAAGAAGAAGGCUGCUACGAAACUUGCAAGCAAAAUUUAGCUGAGAAGGUAAGCCAGUUGUAUUCACCGAUGGCUCCAGUCAUUAAUGAUUAUUUACUUCAAUACUCAAAUAAGUAA